AUGGCAACAACGUAUCCAACAACGACCGGCGACGCAUUACUGUCGCCACGACCUUCGCCAUCACCAGUCCCAUCACCAACAACAAACACCGCAAUUGCAAGCUCUCGCCCAACCCUCCCACGCCGCUCGUCGUCCCUGCACAAAAUGGUCAUCACCAAACUCCGCCCACUCCCCUUUCAAUAUCGCUGGGCGGUCUGGCACAGCAAACCCGAUGCUCAACAACAAUACCUACUCACCCCACUGGUCGACGACGUACCCGACAUCGGCACCUUCUACCGUAUUUUCAACAAUAUGCCUUGGGUGCAGAUCAAGCAGAACGAUAGUAUACACAUCUUCCGCUCUGGCGUCAAACCCCUCUGGGAAGACGCCGAGAAUCAACGAGGCGGAAGGUGGCUCAUUCGUGUCCGUCCGGACAAUGGCCGUGCCAUACGAGUCUGGGAAGAAAUCUGCCUCUUAUGCUGCGGAGGGGAAUUACAAGCGGCUAUUGCACAAGAACGGGAUCAUAUCCUGGGCAUGUCUUUCUCGCCGAGAUUAUAUUUCACCCACAUAUCGAUAUGGACCAAGCAGGGCAACAAUUUGCGCAGUAUACUGCUGCUCGAGAGGGCCAUUGUCGAGGGUCUUUCGGCAGAUCUGCGGCCAAGGUCGGACACCGAGCUCAAUUAUCGGAAGCAUGUAGAUAAAAUUGGUUUGAGCGUGCAGGGGCAAGAAAACCGGAUACCACAGAUGCCUCCGAUGACGACAAGUCGUCCAGUAUUGCUACGAGCAAUGACAGCUGGUUGA